CCGUGCAAUCAAGACCAAUCAGGACCUGCUACCAGAGACCCCCUGGACAAAUAUCUUCUACGAUGACUUCUGGGGCACCUUACUCACCCACAGUGGCAGCCAUAAGUCUUACCGGCCCCUCUGCACCCUCUCCUUCCGACUCAACCAUGCGGUGGGUGGGCUGGAGCCCUGGGGCUACCACCUGGUGAACGUGGCCCUCCACGGGGCUGUGACGGGCCUGUUCACCUCCCUGGCUCGCCUGCUGCUCGGAGGCGGCCUUUGGAGCCUGCUUGCCGGCCUGCUCUUCGCCUCGCAUCCCAUCCACACCGAGGCGGUGGCGGGGGUCGUGGGCCGCGCGGAUGAAGGGGCCACCCUCUUCUUCUUGCUGUCCCUGCUCUGCUACAUGCGCCACUGCCAGCUGCGGGGCCACGCUGGGCCAGUGCGGCUCGUGGCGUGGUUCCUGGGCAGUCUGGUCUGCGCUGCGUGCAGCAUGCUGUGGAAGGAGCUCGGAGUGACCGUCCUGGCCGUGUCGGCGCUUUACGACGUCUGCGUGUUCCACAAGCUCAAACUGCGACAGGUCGUCAUGCUCCUGUACAAGAGAAAGAACGUCGACCUGCUGCUGAAUGUGUUUUUGCUGGCUGCCUGGGGAGUCGUCCUAUUGGCCGGCCGCUUCUACUGGAUGGGUAACAAACCUCCGAACUUCUCCAACUCCGACAACCCGGCAGCGGACUCACCAUCGCUCCUCACCCGGAUGCUUACCUUUUCCUACCUGCCCGCCGCCAACUUUUGGCUUCUCCUUUGCCCGGACAUGCUCAGUUUUGAUUGGUCAAUGGACGCCUUGCCUUUGAUCAGGCGCCUUGCUGAUUGGAGGAACUUAUACACAGCAGCCUUCUACCUUGGAUUGUUCUUCCUGGCCUGGUUCAGCCUGUGGACGCACCAGACGGUUAAGGGCAAGGAGACGAACGGCAAAGCGCAUCAUUACACCAAUGGCAGAAAUGGGAACAGUAAUGGACACAGUUACCAAUAUAACAAUCAUGAACAUACAAACAAUUCCCACACAGACUUUCACAUUAAUAAUAAUACACAGAAUGGUACCAAAAAGCACUAUGAGAGCAGGACUCCACUGCCCACCUCGGAAAAUGUUGUGGUGUUCUCUAUAGGCCUGUUGGCCAUCCCUUUCCUCCCUGCCACAAACUUGUUUUUCUACGUAGGGUUUGUGAUAGCAGAGAGAGUACUGUACAUCCCCAGCAUGGGCUUCUGCUUGCUGGUGGCAGUGGGGAUGAGGUCUCUGUAUGUGCGUCUGCGACGUAGGUCCUUCAGGACGAUGUUGGUGUACUGCAGCGCUACCGUCGUCCUUCUCUUCAGUGUCAAAACUGUUUUGAGGAACAAAGACUGGCAGAAUGAGGAGAUGCUCUACAAGUCAGGGAUUUACGUCAAUCCUGCUAAAGCAUGGGGCAACCUCGGAAACGUCCUGAAGAGCCAGGGUGAGAUGGAGGAGGCUGAGCAGGCGUACAGAAAUGCCCUCUAUUACCGCAGCAACAUGGCCGACAUGCUGUACAACCUCGGUUUGCUGCUACAGGAGAGCAACAAGUUCUCAGAGGCGCUCCACUAUUAUAAGCUGGCCAUUGGAAGCCGGCCAACUCUGGCUUUCGACCCUCGCUCUGCUCUCACAGGAGAGGCCUACAUCAGACUGAACAAGCUGACUGAUGCUGAGCACUGGUACAGAGAGUCCCUGCGAGCCAAGCCAGACCACAUUCCUGCACACCUCACCUACGGAAAACUCCUGGCUAUGACGGGCCAGAAAACAGAAGCGGAGAGGUACUUCCUGAAGGCCAUCCAACUCGAUCCCACAAAAGGCAACUGCUACAUGCAUUAUGGUCAGUUUUUGUUGGAAGAGUCUCGGCUCCUGGAAGCGGCGGAGAUGGCAGAGAAAGCCGCGCGCCUGGACAGCGGGGAGUUUGAUGUGGUCUUCAGUGCGGCCCAUAUGCUCAGACAAGCCAGCCUAAACGAGGCAGCCGAGAAGUAUUACGGACAAGCAGCGAGCCUGAGACCCAACUAUCCUGCUGCCUUGAUGAACCUGGGGGCGAUCCUCCACCUCAACGGAAAGCUGCAACAGGCUGAAGCCAAUUACCUCCGAGCACUUGAACUGAAACCGGAUGACACCAUCACCCAGUCCAACUUGCGUAAGCUGUGGAACAUAAUGGAGAAACAAGGCCUGAGGACCAUGAGCCCCUGAGCUCCCCCUGCCAGCCCACCUGCCAUCUGCACGCCAGACCUGGGGGAAAGGACAGCCUACAUGAUCCUUAUUCGCUCUGUUCAUCCAGGAAAGACAGAAUAGACUCAGGGAGGAAGUUGGCUCAGAGAGGCCAUGACUGUGGCGCCCAGCCCUCCUAAUAACUCCUGAGCUCUGCGUACACCUCAGGCCAGUGGCUCUCCUCAGAAGCAUUGCUCACAGUUUGGCCGGCAAUACAUGGUGUUUGGACUCUAGAACUUUCUCAAAUUGAGUUCUUUCACAGGAACCACGUGUGUGUUUGUUUGUUUUCUCUUAUACUUUAUAACCAGAGCACUUGAACUUGAAGUUAAAGUAGGUACAUCCUUCAACAUUUGUGAUGAAUAAGGGUUUUUUAAAUAACCAGUUGCAGUUUAAAGGGCUGGGAAUAUUGUCUCAAAGCAGUGUGAGAUAACAUAACAAUCUCAGCACACUGCUUUUACCAUCUAUAUUUAGAUAAAGAAUUUGGACACCAUCCAAAAUCACCAUAUGAAGUCACAAAAAACUAAAAUUCUAUCCUCAAUUGGUUAUACAGUAAGUUUCUCUUGAAGGUAUUAAAGUAGCAAAAUCACUCCAAACCAUUUGUUGAGGAUGUCCUAUUAUUUGGUGAAAACUUGAAAAAGGGAUUUUUUAUUUCUUAGCCAUUGCAGCACAACGGUAGCCUUGAAAAACCUCACAAAGGCUGGACUUUGUCAAAUACAGUACUGUAUGUUUUGGCAGGAAAAUUCAAAAGCAAAGGAAUUGGGACUCCUUUCAAAUUGUAAUGCCUUAAUGAAUAAAAAAAGGUUUGAAUCUCCUCUGGCAUUAAGUAGCAUUCGGUGGCAUUUUUAAUUCUACUGCUUAUUCUUCUGUACUGGCAAGGGAGCCAAGUUAGAAUGCUAACUUGUUUGAUGACAGCAGUAUGAAGCUAGGAAUGGAAAUAACAAAGAGGCAAUAGUUUUAGGUAAAUCUAUAACCACACGCCUGAAACUUUUUCCGGUGUGCAGAACUGAAACUGAAUUCAAGUUCUUCUAACCAAAUACAAAAGCAAUGCCGGUGCAAACCUUCAUUGAGAGAUUCAUCAUAGAGCAAUGCUCAGACAUUUCACGUCUGACAACAUCUUUUAACGCCUAUGUUUUUGUUGGAAUAAAACUAAUUACAUUGUGUUUUGUAUAAAUGAAUCCUAAUAUAUUCCUGCAUUGUGUACAGUAUACAGAAAAUCCUGCAGCAAAAAAGUAGCCAAACAUAAAGUGGAAGCUCGGAAUCUGAGCUUCUGGUUACAUGAAGUAUUUCCCAUUUUUUCAAAACUCAGUCUUAAGGUCUCCUUUUGUAUAUAUUAUGUGUAAUUAACAUCUAUUUGUUUGUUUGUUUAUCAGCAUACAUCAAGUGAGACGGCACCUUGCGGAAAGUAAGACUAUGUACAGUAUUUGUGAUUAUUUGUUUGUUAUUGGCCACACACCUCAACAAAUAUCUGUGUCCUUAGUUUAUACAUAGUAAGUUAUUGCUUUGUGUUACCUUAGCAACAGAACCAGCUGGCACUGUGUUUUUUACAUGUAAAAGGAAGAUAGCAGAUGUGACGUUUGUGAUUAUUGAUUGGGUAAAAGUUCCAAUUACAGUUGAGUGACUCAUUAUUGGUGGAUACAAAUAACAUCUAGAUCUAUGUGUUACAUAAAUGUCACUUACAGUCACAAUGGUGUCAACACUGCUCUGUAAUUGACUGUGAUGGUCACUAGUGAUAUGUUUAUGAAGAUAAUCACGAUUCACACUCAUUCCCGCCCCCACACCUCACAUAUCCUUUAGUCAAAGAGCUCACUCAGUUCUCCUGUGUAUAUAAAGUGUUUAUGAACAGCUGCUUGAGUGAAGAUGUAAAGGGAAAAAAAAAAUUUCACUCUGUGUCUCUGCUCAGGGAUCUCAAGCGGUGGGUUAUUGCAGAAACUUGUUCACAGAGCGUUUACUAAAUUAUAGAUUUAUUUUUGAAAGAUGUCGUAUUUGUAUAAAUUAUCGAGAUUUGUAGCCUUUUCCUCCUUUUUGUAAUAUAAAGAUGAACAAUGUGCCAGAAUAGACUUUUUUCCUUCACAAUGUUGCUUUUUUUCCACAAUAAAUGUAUGGUGUUCUGCUUUUG